UAAUGUUUUUGUUUCUAUUUUUCAGAUCCUUAUGUGAAGAUUCAUCUGAUGCAGAAUGGCAAGAGGCUGAAGAAGAAAAAGACAACAAUUAAAAAGAAUACACUUAACCCCUACUACAAUGAGUCAUUCAGCUUUGAAGUACCCUUUGAGCAAAUCCAGAAAGUGCAAGUGGUGGUAACUGUUUUGGACUAUGACAAGAUUGGCAAGAACGAUGCCAUCGGCAAGGUGUUCGUGGGCUACAACAGCACUGGGGCGGAGCUGCGACACUGGUCAGACAUGCUGGCCAACCCCCGGCGCCCCAUCGCCCAGUGGCACACCCUGCAGGUGGAGGAGGAAGUUGAUGCCAUGCUGGCAGUGAAGAAGUAAGGGAGAAGAAGCCUUUCUGUGUCUGCCCACAUAGUGCUCCUUAGCCAGUAUCUGUAAAUACCUCAGUAAUAUGGGUCCUUUCAUCUUUCCAGCCAUGCGUUCCUAUCACAAUUCAGUGGUACUUCAAACCCUGUUUUAAUUUGCACAGAUUUAAAUGUAGAGAGCCCCAAAGCCCUUCAUCAUACCACUGCCCUCCAAAUCUACUCUUCUUUUAAGCAAUAUGAUGUGUAGAUAGAGCAUGACGGAAAUUCUUUAUUGUAUCACACCGUUGUAUAUACCAGUAUGCUAAAGAUUUAUUUCUAGUUUGUGUAUUUGUAUGUUGUAAGCGUUUCCUAAUCUGUGUAUAUCUAGAUGUUUUUAAUAAGAUGUUCUAUUUUAAACUAUGUAAAUUGACUGAGAUAUAGGAGAGCUGAUAAUAUAUUAUACGGUAAAUAGAGUAUCAUCUGCAUUCCAGCAAAAAUCUCAACUUGUAAGGCACUAGUACAGUGAAACUGACAUCUUAAAGGACAACUUAAACCUGAGCUUUCUAUUGAAUGAUAUGAGCACCAAGAUACACUUACACCACAAAUUCGGUGGGUGAAUCCAGUUUUGUAGAACUUCUUCACAGGCAAAUUAGCAUGAUCUGAGCAGCAUCCAGCGUGACCUCCAGGAAUUACAGCCACAAACAGAAUGGCAUCCAUCUGUGCAUAUCUACAGGGCUCAAGUCAGAGCUUACUCUGACAUUCGAGGAAGCGACUGAGCAGUGGUCAAUGAUUCCAUGUUACUGCAGAGUAACGCCAUGAUGGUGUUGCGCGUGUGUGCGUGUGCGUGUGUGUACACACCUGCAUUUGUCUGGGGCUGGGAGGGAUAGGAAGGAAGCAGAGGAGAGAAGUCGGCAUUUUGAAAUGUUGCCUGACCAUUCAAAGAGAAAAGCAGCUCUCCGUUCUCACCUUCACACACAAUGUGCACCCUGUGAAUUCGGUUCCAGCUGUCACACCUACAAUGAUUCCAAAGGUUUGCACAUCAGACUUCAUAACAAAAUAUUUUAUUAUAUCAGAUUAGAAGGAAUGCAGAAUAUUUUUAACACAGCAAUCUGUGCUUACGACACAAAAUUACUUUGUGGCAAACAGACAGUAUUGUAAUCCCAUCAAAAGAGGAAGGAAAGAAUUAGCCAUAGUUCUGAAUGCACUUCCAUUAAGCCAAAACAGACAGCUAGCUAGCGAACUUUUUAUAUGCUCUUUUUACGUAAAUAAGUUUUAAUUUGUCCUUUAAAAAAAAAAAAGGUGAAACACAACCAAGAACAAGUUCUAGAAAACUGAAGCAACCUCUUAUGUAUACUAGAUGCUUGAUUUAGGAGGAGUUUUUAAAUGUUUUCACUGUUAUUCUGUAGUGAAUGGCACUAUUAUGAAGCUACUAGUCAUUCCAUAAGAGUCUUAAAGGACUGCUCUGCGUACACUGUGACUGCCGUAUGUGCUUAGACACCUAACGUAGUUUCCUCAGUGGGUAGCACUCAAUCUAUUCCUUAGUGAUGUUGUGACAAUACUGCCAUUCCCUCCUACUGCACUGCCCAAGGUGUGUGUAGCACAAACAGUUCUCAUUACAAAGGACCAACUCAGCACUGAAACGCUAUGCAUAGGGUAAGAGUGAUACGAAGCAUGAGGUGGACCACACAGCUUUUUGUCAAGCACUGUGCAAUAUACCAUACUGAUCCCCGCUGCAGUAGACCACCACUUCGCCCAAGGGCAGCCUCUGAUCUCACACUGCAUCUAGCCUUUUCUCCCACCAGCCUCUGUGGUUCCUUCUCCCUCCCAGGCCAGAGAGUGUAGGAAUGCUCUGAAGGGAAAGUCUGUCUUCAAAAAUACCAAAACAAAAUGGAAGGAAGCUAAGCAUUAGCCUCACGUUCAGGCUUUUGGAUUUCGUGCCACGGUUCUUAAAACCUCAAAAAGAAUUCAAAAAGGGCUAAUGGGAAGCUUCAAUCGUAGGGCUGGCUAUUUCCUGAGAAAACUAGAAUUCUUGUCUAGUUCUCUCCUCAUCAAAGCAGAGGCCAGCCCUUUGGCCUUUCAGCCCAGUCGUAGCAGAUGCCUUGGGACUGGGAUAGACCUGAAGGGCGAGGGGAGAAUAACACCUCCCCAUUCUGUGGAUGCGCCACACUUUUUUCAAAAAGUAGACAGUAGAAAAUGCACAAGUCCUGAUGUGAGAUUAAACACCUGCUUUAAAAAAAAGAUUCAAAUGAGACUCCUUCCGAUUUAAAAGAUAAGACCCUACCAAAGCGAGGGAGUUGACUGACUUUUUUAAGUUCCUUGAAUGUCAGAAAUUGACAUUUGAGUUCACCGUAUUCAGCUCUAAGUUGUUCGCACCGAAACAAACAUUUUGAAACAAGCAGGUUCGAGCUGCCAAGUACACACCAUUUCUUGCGUUAAAGCACGACUAAUGCGUUCUCUUGCAACACUGCCAGACAUGGGAUAUUGUCACCAUAGAAUCAGUUGGUACUACGCCACCCAUCAUAAGUCAGUGACCGAUCCUGCUUCAAGACCGAGACUCAUCCUCCAAUAAGCCACACGUACCCUUCUGACAAAGCUGUGCAAAGUACUAGAAUCUGAUGCUCUGGAACGAUCCUCGUUGCCUUUGUGUAUAUUUACUGCCUGCUUGAGUGCUUCUCUGUGUGGAUUUUCUCUGUAUCUUGUAGAAAUGUUGGGGUGUUUUCUUCUGCCAUAUGGCUCGUGGCCCGCGAGCCAACUACUUUAGCUGUAUUUUACCUUCAUUUUUGAUGAGGUGGUUUAAAUUUUGUUUCAUUUCGUGUAGUGAAUUCCACAGUAGUUUUCUGAUUGUUGUUAACAAUGACUUGACAUAUUACAUGGAUAUUCAAUAAAAAUGUUUUAUUUCCUGUUGA